CUGAAGCAACGAAUUAGGCAUUUUGUUGUGACUAAAUUGACUGGGCGAUUAGGGAAGCAAUUGAAAUGGUUUCGGAUCGGCGUGGUAACUAAAGGCGUGAACUUAUUUACUCGGUAAACUGUGCAUUCGUUUGUAAUCAGAAAAUUUUGCUCAUUUUUCGUUGAAAUGGAGACUACUCUUUAGUUUUGUAUUGAUAUCACUGUUACUAUUACCGAAAGCACCGCAAAAACAAUAAAUAUUGACAGUUGACCAAUUGCAUACUACAAAAUCCGUUCCAGCGGUCACAGCUGAUCGGGAAUGCACCAACCUAACAGAAACAAAAUUUCUGUGACCGUCCAAGUUUUGUUUUGAUUUUGAUUGUAGCUGGUUACGUUUCACACGACAAUAAAAUGUGCCGCAACGAGGAAUUUAUCAAAGAGAUUUUUCAUUAUUUCAUCAAUGAUCCGUGCAAAUACACGACCAAUAAUGUCAUCAAAAGACAUACCAAAAAUCUUUCCGAAUUCGGUGACUACAGUUUUCCGAUCAACACGCAAAAUUGGGCCCAAUUUUUACCGCCUCUUCAGCAUUUAUCUGUUGACAACAUUUUCGACUAUCGACAACGAUGCGACGAUAAAUUUGAAUCGAUUACUGACCAUAUCAAAGACUUUGUACAGAACAGCCGAAAGUGGACCUUACAAAUUGAACAAGCUGUGAUAAACGACACUCGUUGUGCCAUUUUCCUGAAUCGUUACAGUGCAUUCCAGUUGACUCUGACCACUGUGUUGAAUAAUCCAAAUUACGGAUGUUAUGAAGGUGAUCAAACGUAUGCGGUAGUAAGAAAUGAUACCGAUCCAGGCGACAAAGAACCGUUGACGAAGUAUCGCUGCCGGGUCAUUCAGAAUGUUAUUGUCAAUUUGACGAAACAUUUGAAAGGAUCGACACAGAAAUCACUUUAUGUGACACAUAAAUCGACCGAUUCCGGUGCACCUCAAGGAUCCACUAAGAUUUUGGUCGGAAAUGUUACGAGCACUGACAACAAGGUCUUGAACGUAGACGCAACGGAUUAUAUUCAAAAACGUUCCGUUGAUAUGCAGCUGAUGGCACAGCAUAAGUAUGGAUUGAGGGUCAAGAAUGAAUUGUUCUUCCAAAAUUUGAUCAACUCUUUGGGUAAAGCUGCUGUUACCAUUGAUUUGCUGGAGGUAAGACCAUCGGGUUCGCUCAAAUUGAAUAUGUCUGGCUGUUCAACGGGACGAAGUAAAGGCGCAUCGUUUAUACUGUACAACUCGGCUAGGAUCGAGACAUUGUUGAAAAAAUAUGAUCACGGAGUUGCGACCAAAUUUUAUCCUGAAACACCACCAUUGGAUCGUGUCGACUUAGCGUUACUUAAAGAGGAGGAGGAGUGGAUCCUACUAUUCAAUUACGUUUUGGCGUACCCAAGCCUGAUCAAUCAAACUAUCGGCGAAAAUAACAAAUUGACUUUUUCGUUGCAUUUACUCUGCAUGUUUUUGAGUGGGCUGGCGUCGACAUUCAGUAUUUACUACGCUCGGACACGUAUUUUAACGGAAAAUCGUCCCCAAUUGAUGCCGGCUCUUCAUGCCAGAAUCUAUUUGCUGAAAUCCAUACAAAUCAUUUUGAACAAAUGUUUGGCUAUUCUCAACAUUGAUCCGGUUAAACAGAUGUAAUGGAUAUCGUAAAAUAGUGUAAAGGGUGCUAUCUCUACACAAUCGAUUUGAUUUUUGAUUUUCUAUUUUUCUACUGAAUUCUGCCGAUGAUUUAAGCUUAAAAAUUGUCCCCAAACUCGACGAAUAAACGAAAAUAUUGAGCUCGUUUCUCAAUAGCAAAUG